GUGUAUUGAGGUUAAGGAAUUCUCCCCAGCUGCCUGCCCAGGGUCAGUUCAGAAUCAGGGGUUCAUGGGGUCCCUUCACCCUGCAGGUGAUCAUUUGGAGGGUGUUUAGGAAGAUGGGUAGUGGGAGUCAGGUGCUGGCCAGCAGAGGUCACACGUCCAGGGAGGGGAUCAACAUGGCCGACUUUCCCCGGACUGUACUAAUCUCAGGCUGCUCGUCAGGAAUUGGCCUGGAGCUUGCAAUGCAGCUGGCUCAUGACUCCAGGCAGCGCUACCAGGUGGUGGCCACCAUGAGAGAUCUGGGAAAAAAGGGGACACUGGAGGCAGCUGCCGGAGAAGCUCUGGGUCAGACCCUCACUGUGGCCCAGCUGGAUGUGUGUAGCGACGAGUCAGUGGCCCAAUGUCUCAGCUGUAUCCGGGGAGGAGAAGUGGAUGUGCUGGUGAAUAAUGCUGGAGUGGGCCUCAUGGGGCCCCUAGAGGGGCUCAGCCUAACUACUAUGCAGAAUGUCUUUGAUACCAACUUUUUUGGAGCUGUCCGUCUUGUCAAAGCUGUGCUUCCUGGCAUGAAGAGAAGGCGGCAGGGCCACAUUGUGGUGGUCAGCAGUGUCAUGGGGCUGCAGGACCCCCAAAGGGUCUGCCUUCCUCCAAUCCUCUCAGGUGUUGUCUUCAACGAUGUCUAUGCAGCCUCCAAGUUUGCCCUGGAAGGAUUCUUCGAGAGUCUGGCCAUCCAGCUGCUCCAGUUCAACAUCUUCAUCUCCCUGGUGGAACCUGGCCCAGUAACCACUGACUUUGAAGGAAAGCUCCUGGAGCAGGUUUCCAUGGCCGAGUUCCCAGGCACUGACCCUGACACCCUGCACUACUUCCGGGAUCUCUACCUCCCAGCUUCCAGGAAGCUCUUUCGCUCUGUGGGGCAGAGCCCACAAGAUGUGGCCCAGGUUAUUGUCAAGGUCAUCAGCUCAGCCAGACCACCCCUACGACAACAGACGAAUGCCCGCUACUAUCCGCUGAUGGCACUCAAAGCCGCUGACCCCUCUGGCAGCCUGUACGUGCGAAACGCCCACCGCCUGCUCUUCCGCUGGCCACGCCUCCUCAGCCUUGUACUCCGUUGUCUGGCCUGCAGCUGCCUCCGUACCCGGGUACAGCCCUGGUGAGCAUUGUCCAACCCUCCUCACCCCUGAACAGCCAGACUUCUUCAGUACACAUCCAUCUCAGAGGCCCUACAGACUCUUCAUUCAUUCAUUCAUUCAUUCAUUCAUUCAUUCAUUCAGCAAACUGCCUGAACUACUCUGUGCUUGGGCGUUGCUUAACCUCCAGGCACAGAUCCCUCUGUGGUCAGGACUGGGGCAGAGGGAGGGAACCUAGGACCCUGGGAUGAGGAGUCCAGAGUGAGUUGCUAGUGCUGUGUCUGGGAAGGCAAGGGAGGCUUCCUGGAGGAAGGUGCAUUGUCAAUGGACACUAGAGAGUGAGACAGACUGUCUCAUUCAACCUCAGGACUUUAUUAUCUUGGGCCUGGGAAUACAGGAAUGAUCCAAACACCUCCAUCCCCCUCCCACACAAGCAUAGAGCUGGGGUGACUAGAGGGUCUCUGGACUUUCCUGGUCACACACUCACUCCAUCAGUAAAAUGUGUUGGUGCACACACCAGCAAUGUACGAAUACAUAUAUUUUUCAUAAAAAUGUCAGUGUAACCGCUAACAAUCGCUAUAUUAACUAUUUACUAAAGCUCAAUUUCUCUUGUCUAAAUAAAAAAUUAUAAAGCAGUAGGGUCCACCUCACACCCAUGAGAAUACUACUAUCAAAACAAAACAAAACAAAACAAAAAGGGCCAGCCGAGUGGCGCGAUGGUUAGGAGUUGGCUUGGGACGCCAGC